GUUGACACUAGCCAGAGGAGACGGCAGCAUCCUCUGUCCCGCAUCUCCUCCAGAAUUUUGUGUUAUGCUAUAAAAAGACCUUCAUGUAAAGGCAGAAGGAUCCGCAUCCUAAAACCAACGUGUUCAAUCAUUUUUUUCACGCGUUUUCUUCAAUGCUUUGACAUCUGGAAUGUGCUGUUUUCUUGCAAGCGUUGUCUCCAUGUCAGCAUGGGAACUGCAGUGUCCAAAAGGAAGAAUCUGAGAAAUGAUGCGAUUUCUUCGGUGGCAGCCAAAGUUAGAGCAGCUCGUGUAUUUGGAGAGUACCUUCACACCCAUCCUGAGAACCGCAACGGAUCAGAUUACUUACUGUCUGACACCCUCGUUGGCCACGACUCUGACUCCCCAGACAGCCUGUGCACUCAGAACAACAACUUCCACAGCUGCACCCUCCAGGGCUCAGCCGUCAGCGCCGACCCCAGCUUGAUCAAUCCCGCCCUGGGCCUUCUGGAACCGCCACCUCCGGCAACUUCCUCCAAGAGUCGGCUGUCCCUAGAGCGCAGCUUUUCGGCAGAGGAGGAUCAGCAGAAGUGCGUGGAGUGUUCCCUGCAGCCUGCUCGGGCCUACACCAUCACCGGAGAGAGCGGCAUGCUGGGAACCAGCCGGGGAAGCAAGGAGAACCUGGAGCUCGAGGUCUUGAAAGGGGCGCAGGAGGCGUGUCAUGCCCAAGAGCUCGCCCAGCCCUCUACGUCCUCCAACUCGUCUUCUCCGACCCAGCACCACCACCGCCACCAUGGAAGUGGAAGCGGAAGUGGAUCUGGAAACCAUCAUCACAGCAACCACCAUCAUGGCAACCACCAUCACAGCAACACCAGCGGAGGUGGAAGCAGCGGAGGAACAAACCCCCACCAGCACAUCUCCAGUGCGGGGACGUCGCACCAUCACCACGGGGUGCCCCAUCCCCACCACCUUUCCCAGCCUCUGCAGAGCUCGGUCAGCGCACACAACAUCCGUGGCUGGGGGGAGGGAAAGGACUGCGGCCUGGCGUGUGAGGCCUGUCCCGGGGCUCCCUCGCGCAGCCAGGGCUCCCUGGACCUGGAAAGCAGCACCCGAGAGGCAGGCAAGCAGCGCCGGCCACCACUAGAGCAGAUGUGCAGUGUGGACCGCAUGACUGGGCUGGAGCAAGAAGAUAACAGUUGGUUCCCUAAAGAGAACAUGUUCAGCUUUCAGACUGCUACAACGACCAUGCAGGCGAUUUCGGUUUUCCGGAGUCUAGCAGAGAAAAAGAGGAGAAAAAACGAGAUGGAGUCAGCCUCCAUCAUCCAGAGGAAUUUCCGGAAGCAUUUAAGAAUGGUGGGCAGCAGAAGAAUGAAAGCACAAACAUUUGCAGAGCGCAGGGCGAAGAGUUUCAACCGAUCCUGGAGCGAUCCGACCCCUGUCAAACAAGACUCCCUAAACGACUCAAAAGACAGUGGGGAUCUGCAGACGACCUGCGGUACUCCAGAGGAGGGCGGAUGUGAAGACAUGGACUGGGAGGAGGAGAGAGAGAUGGAGAGACUAGCAUGUGAGGGGGAUGACUUCAUCCCUCCCAAAAUUAUGCUGAUCUCAUCUAAAGUUCCUAAAGCAGAAUAUGUUCCCAACAUCAUUCGAAGGGGUGAUACAUCUAUUAUACCCAUACUCUAUGAUCAUGAGCAUGCCACGUUUGAUGAUAUUUUGGAGGAGAUUGAGAAGAGAUUGACAGCCUACAGGAGGGGCUGUAAGAUCUGGCGCAUGCUGAUCUUCUGUCAGGGCGGCCCAGGGCAUCUGUACCUGCUGAAGAAUAAAGUGGCCACUUUUGCCAAGGUCGAGAAAGAGGAAGACAUGAGCCAGUUUUGGAAACGUCUGAGCCGGUUUAUGAGUAAAGUGAAUCCAGAGCCGAACCUGAUCCACAUCAUGGGUUGCUACGUCCUGGGCAAUCCGAAUGGAGAGAAGCUGUUCCAGAAACUGAAGAACCUGAUGAGGCCUUAUUCUGUCACGUUUGAGUCACCGCUGGAGCUCUCCGCUCAGGGCAAAGAGAUGAUUGAGAUGUACUUUGAUUUCCGUCUGUUUCGACUUUGGAAAACCCGGCAGCACUCAAAACUCCUCGACUAUGAAGAUCUCGUGUGACCCCACGCGGGUCAGCGCGUAGCAUUGCGGGCAGGACGUCCCACUGUAAAACUCCAUUCCACCAGCUUUCAUUUUGGAAUACAGGAGGAAGAGGAGUGGAGAUGGACACAGCUGCGCCUCGAGUAUUGUUUAUUUCAGCUCGCCUCUGUGGACUUCGACCACCUCAGAACGGUAACACUCAAAACAAAAACGAAUGGCAAAUGGUUCAAAACACAAGAGAAAUCCGGAUAUGUGGUGUUUUUGUUCUCUAAUGGAGAAAAGAGAAGCCGUUUCUCAGAACUGGUUGACAGUCUGUCGACUGUUUUUGUUUUUAACUAACCAACAGUUAUCGAUCACUAGCCCAGACCGUUGUGCUUACAAAAGUGUCCCGCCGAAACUUACCUACCAGAACACAAAAAUGGUCAUAUAUGAAAUAACAACUAAUAUAUC